CUCUAAUAAUUAGCACCUAGUGGCCGUUCGGCUCAAUUCGUUUUCGCGCUGCUGGUGGUGAUUCCUCUUGCAUCUCCAUCGACCCGCCCCUCUCCAAGCGAUCGUCCAUGCCAGCGACCUGCACGAUACAUAGCUUCUCCUCCCCAGACUGCAAAAAGGUCGUACCGAAGUGCCCGUCCACCAGUCGACCCAUCAAGUGUCAACCUUAAGACGGCGCACAGUCCAAUUGAAUCGGGCUCGUGGCAUGAGUGGUGGCAUCUUGAGUCAAAGACUUGACCUGUGCCGCCGCCCAAUUCAGCCCCGCCCUGCGCCAAGGUCGAGCUUCGAGUCCAGAUCGACUCGGAAUUCGAUUGGCAGAGUUGAAUCGCGGUGACAGACCUGGGCUGCGGUGGGCAGCCACUCGCCAGCUGUCCAACCCCCCCAGCGCCCGCCACUGUUGCCCUUCGACUUCUCCGUGGUCCUUGCUGCUGCUCGCCUGCUCCUGGCCUCCCGCCCACUCGGUCACGGCAUCUCGGCCGCACUCAAAAUUCACUUCCCCAAGGUGCCUCUCUCUCACUGCCACUGCCACAACCCUGACCUGACUGUACCCUCCCUCCCUCCCUCCACACUGCCAUCGAACAACCACACCGCAUCCCACCUUCGACCACAACCACAACAACCCCGGAGCCUCGCCCAUCUCAGACACUCUGUCCUGUUCUAUUUUGCCUCUGCCGAACACCUCGAUUACGACAACUUCUGACGUUGGCGACAUUGCGUCUGUGCUACUUGUACCUGCGGCCCACGAUCCCUUGAUUGAGUGCAACUCCGACCAUCAGCCAUCUGUCCCACGGCUCACCUCUGGUAGCCUUUCCGCUACAACCCACGACCGCUAUCCUCUCCAAGUCUUCAGCGCAACUCUCACUUUGCGCUCUCUAUUCGCUUUGCGCUCCUCCAAUCGCCCCCCCCUUACCGCAUAAGUCGAUUUCCACCGUAUCAUUAAGGCAACCCAGAAAAAGAGGCGGUAUCGGUGAUUUGGGUCAGACAUCGCACCCGAAAAGAUAUACGCCGACGGAGAACAACCCUUGAUCUGUCUGCUGGUGUUCGAAUUGGGACGACUCUUCUCGCUUCGAACGCUAUUACGCCACCCACGAUAGCGAAUAUCACUCACGACUACACGACGGAAUAAGGCCGGACGACUGUGAAUCAUCGCUGACAGCGCAUACUGCCGUCAGCCUCGUCAGUAUCUCGACUGGGAAUUGCUCGGCACGCAUGGUUACUUCCUGACGGUCACAGUCCAAGUCCAUUCACUACCAGGAUCACUGGAACGGGAUUACCCUCGAUACCCGUGCCUUACCUUUCCCCACGACUGCUUAACCGAGUCAGCAAUCCCAAUGGCUAUAGCCGCUUGACAGCCACUUUUGUUUGCUGCUGAGUGACAUCUGGGUCAAGCACGCGAGCUAAGCUCUUUUAUUCCCAUUGCCACCUCAACCCGUCCGCAGUUUCUCUCACUUUUUCCUUUGUUUUGGAUCAUGACACAUUCUUCAGCCGGCAUGCCCUACAUUAAGAGCGAGCCCGAUGACUUCGGCAACAACCCGAACCGAUUCAUGUCAUCAGGGAACUAUGGCAACUCUCAGGGCUAUGGCAACCAGUUUCACAACCAACAAGAUGGCGGGAGCAUCGACCCCUCGGAGCUCUCUAUGCCAGCCACCAACUAUGGCAGCAUGCCGUACAACUAUGGUGGAAACACCAUCUCUUCCAGUUAUGGAGUCGGCCCGGUGGGACCUGCCUACACUGAUAACGAGUUAUUAGAAUCACUCGACUUCGGAAACAACAACGGUCAAGGCAUGUUUGAUGAUUUUACGAUGGCAAAUCCACCCAACAGCAAUAACAGAAAUUCAGGUGCGGUCCAGAUGGAUCAGCCGAACCAGGUGCCAAAUGUCUACUCUAGUACUCCAGACGGCCCUCCCAUUCAGAGCCCAUUCCUGGGAACCUUUGACUACAAUCAAUUUAGGCCCAUGGGCUCUCUUCCGACUCACAUGUCGCCUCAUCAGGGCUCCCAAUUCGGAAAGCGUCCCAGCAUGCAGGCGGCGAAUCGGAAGUCGUCCGAUCAGAGAUCCCCUUUGACUCCACGUACAGCUGCGAUGGCGGGACUUCAGAUCGGAACCCCAGAGUCGGGAAAUCUUGCCAAUGGUCGCCCAAUCCGCGCUCCAAACGUCCAGAACCGACAUGCUAAGACCUUGUCGGGACAGUAUGACAGCACGCCCGGCAGCUUCCAUUCAUACCUGGACUCGCCGUUGUCGUCCCCGGGUAAUGGCAUCCAUCACGCUGGCAUUUCCGAGACUCUUGGAUCCGGUCAUCAUGCCUCACUUCCGGCCAAGGUUGACACCGGGUUGAGUACUAGCAAUGCAGAGACUGCCGAGGCUAAAAAGCGAAGGAGACGGGCAUCUCACAACGCCGUUGAACGGAGACGGCGGGACAAUAUCAAUGAACGCAUCCACGACUUGUCCCACUUGGUACCCCAACAUCGCCUGGAGGAUGACAAGGUCAAGAAACAGCUGCAGACUACUGGACCAAUGUCACCCACUACCGGCGCUGCAAGCAUGAGCCCGCCGAAUGCUAACAAUGCAGCCACAUCAUUACUUGCAGGCGCGGCCGGUCGUCGCGCUGCCAGCACUGCAGGGAAUAUCACGAUUGGAUUACCCAUCGAGGAGAAGGAGAAAGGUCCUAACAAGGGUGAUAUCCUUAAUGGGGCGGUGGCAUGGACUCGAGAUCUCAUGUGGGCGCUUCACCAAAAGUACCAACAGGAAGACGAACUGCUCCAGUACAUCCAGUCGAUAGGUGGUCAGUGGCCUUUCCAAGUAACAGAAGACGAGAAGCGCAUGCGCUCCGAGGUCAUGGAUGCCAUGGAGAAGAAUGAUUCCAGCACAUUUGCCUACUCCAGGGCAGAUGGCACUGGGCUUCGGGUCCCUCGACAUACCAACGUCGCGGGGGAUCGGAUCCAGAACAACCCCAGCCUCAGUCCUCAAAGCAACUUCGAGCUCAGUCCUGGCUUCCACAGCGGCGGCAGUGGCACCAACAGCGGUAGUAACGGAGCUGGCCAAACACAAUACUGGCACAGUGCUGGACAUACAGGCAUCAGCUUCAAGGAAGAAGAUGAGUUCAUGGACAUGAAUUGAUGAAGGCGUCACGACAAAGUGACGGGUCGAGCGCCACCCCAGCGAGAACGCGCGCGACAAGCACGACGCUGACAGGGGUUCACUUUCAGUGCAAGCCCACAGAGGCUGAAUAUACCACCCUGCAUUGAUAAUGGAGAAGUAUAUGAGGGUGGGGACAUUUCUGCGAGCUGAUGGAAUUUGGGUCUGAGGCCCUUGGCUGUCUCUCCUUUUCCCCGUCAACUAUCUCCACCAGCUGGGGAUGCGAUUUUUCUUGUAUUGCCGGAUGGGAUUUGUGGUUGUGUUCGUUCCAGUUGAUUUUUGUCUUUUCUUUGCCUGGAUACCCCCUCGUUCUGACGUUUUAUCUUUUCCUUUGUUACGCCGGCGCACAUUUGAGGCAUGGGCAUGGGUUUCCACUCAAGGGCAGAGGGCAGAGCCAGGCCUGGAACGGGACAUGUAUUGUAGGUAGACACAGAACAUGCACGCCGUGACCUGAUAGCAUGGAUCAUGACUUGGUGGCUGGGGAAUGCAUGAUACUAUUAAUAUUCUGAAUGAAGGGCAGUGUCUGUGUCGCGCCCCUCCUAGUCGCUUUCAUCAUCCAUGGUUGUGUGCAUGAACUGAGC